AUGAUCCCUACUGGAGGUCGCGCAUCUCUUCCGAGCCCUUCUUUUAAAGCAGCGGGUGGGUCUCGUCUUACUGCUCGACGAGACCCAGGACAUCAACAAUCAGCUAGGCACGAGGCUCCCAACUGUCCCACGUCGGUGGAUAGCCACGCCAGCGGAGAAGGUAACUCGUCCGGACGCCAUUCACAUCGUGGUGGUUCACAAUACGCUCCACUAGAACGCGUUAACCACCGCCUGAGCCCACAAAAGGAUGUGGUGGCGGCGGGAUCACCUGAUCCGGCUCGAGGGUCGGAUCUGCUUGAUGUUCAGGAGCUGAACCGUGUGACGGAACAGUUGCCAGAUGACCUGGCUCAUGAACGGACUCGGCGUAAUGAGCUCCAUGAACUCGUAAAGGAUAAUUACAAUUCCUCGACGCACGAUAGUUCGGACGAUCGUGCUGCGCUUGCGUACGCACAACUUGAGAACGAACGUUCGAUUCGUUCUCUUCGUGACGAGCUGGCUGUAGCUCGUCAAAACACCGCUCAACUUCGUGAACAGUUCGCUUCGUUAGUCGACCAGACUGUCUCGUUGAAACGGGACCACUCGAGGGUGAUCUCGGCUCUCGACCGCGGAGGUGCUCUUUGCGUCUCGAAACGAACUCGUACUGAUAGUAUGGGCGGAGACGUCCAACGUAAAACGUAG